CAAUCGUCCGACAUAUUUUUUUACGAUUCACGUCUCGUUUCUUGACGGAAGGUGUUUUUCCUAAAAACAAAAACGGAAACAUUUUUGAGUGUUGAUCGAAAUUUAAUCAUUCAUUUGUUUGAUUUGCAAAGAACUAGUUGGAUACAGUGACAGUAAUGUGGAAGUAUGUUGGUCAAAGUAUAAAAGAUAGUGUCGAACUAUGUUCACACCUAAAGAAUUUGCGCAGUACAUUCAGUACGUUCAAUAACAAAACAAUACCAGAUAGUACGUCCAAUAAUAAUUGUGACGAUGGAAAGCCAGUAAAUCGUCUACGAGUAUUGUCUGGAACAAGGAAAAAUGGACGUAUUUACAAUGUUUGGACAUGCCUCGAGGGCCCCAUCGACAAUAAAAAGAAUCCAUUUGACAUCGAUACGCCACACGUAAUCCAGAAAUGUUACCAAAAACAGAAGAAACGACAACAACAGCAAAGCUCGUUCGAUGCAUUGAAAGACUUCAAUCUUAUACAAUGGACGGCCGGACUUCUUACCAGCUUGUAUUUUAGUCAGAUGAUAUGCCUGUAUUCGCGUAAACGAGCAAAUUUGAAGCGAUGGACACACAUUGAGGAACUGCUUACAGAACGAUCACUUCGACAGGCCAUCGAAAGUAAAUCGAUUUAUCAACGGAGUUUUGUACCCUCCAACGAUGAAAAGCAUUGGUAUGAUGCAAAACAAAUGCGUCAAUUUCAGUCAUUUAUGCCACUGACAUUUGUAACAAAUGACCAUUCAAAUCAAAUUGAACUAUUCAACACCGACAAAUUAACAUCAGCUACACAAACAGUUGAUGACAAAAUCAAUCUAAACCGUGCUGUUGACGAUUUGAUUGCAACGCUUGGCAGCAUUGAAUUCCAAUUGGGCAUGCAAAAUCUUCGAGCAGAAGAACCAGAAGCAGCUGUAUCACACUUAAAAUUGGCCACCACACAUCGUCAUCCGGAAGCGACAUUCAAUUUAGGCGUAUGCUAUGAGUUGGGAGUCGGUGUGGAGAAGAGCAUGAAAAAUGCCAUGGAAUGUUAUCGUGCUGCUGCCAGUCUGGGACACAAAACGGCCAUGUAUAAUUUGGGUGUGUUCUAUGUUCAUGGACGUGGUGGUCUUAAGAAAAAUCGUGAUGCAGCACGUGCCUGCUUCGAAGCAGCCAGCAGAAUGGGUUUACGACAAGCUAAAAAAGCACUUACCAUACCAGAGACACCAAUCAAUAAAAAAGACGAAGAAAGUUUUUGGAAAUCAACCGAUAUGAUGGCCAACAAAUUGAGUGCCGUGCAUCGAAGACGCGAAUCAUCAGUCAUUUAAAUUGUUGAUUUCUUCAUAAAAUUGAUUAUUAUUUCGUUACGUAAUUAACACAUUUUUUUAUCAUUUAUUCGAGAGCCAUGAAAAAACCCGUUUGGACACAUUUUUUGAUUGUAGCGCAUACAUUUAAACCGAAUUCGCCUUUCACAAUGAUUUUUUAACAAAACCUUAUACAUAUAUUAAAUGUACAUUUGAGACCGGAACGCUACAAUCAACAAAUAUCCAAACAAGUACAAUCUUAUUGUUUGAUGAAGUAAUCAAAGAAUUAUUAUAAGUAAGUGACGUUGAAUGGAUUUUGAAAAGAAUUUAGAAAAUCCGAAAUAUGAAUUUAUGAACAUUGAACUUCGUGUCGUUUAAGAAUAGAGAUUCAUGGUGACCAUACAAUGGAUGUCAUUUGGUGCGAUUUAUGUAGAAUUUGUAUUAAGAGAGCUAAUUAUGAAGUCAAUAUCGAUAAGAAAACCAGAAACUAUUAAUGAACAGUUUACAAGAGUCAAAACAAGAUUGAUAUCAAUCGAA